AUGGAGGAAAUCGACUCGAACGUGAAGGAGGGGAAUUCCCCCAUAUGCCCCAAUUUGGAGUCCACAAAUGAGGACGAUAAAAUGAGAAGAGACAAAAAUAACAUCAGUCAAUGUGACCCGCCCGUGGAGAAAGGAACAGGUGGUGAUGGAAAUCCCCAUGCGCGCAAAAAGAAUAAUUAUUUCAAUCGAAGGGAGGCCCGGAGGAAGUGGAAACACCACACGGAUGCCCCCCACAACGAGAAGAAACAGAAAGAACAAAACACCUGCAUCGUAUGCCUCCAAAAUGGAGUAGCGAAAUACAAAUUUGUGUGUUGCAGUGAAGGCUACUGCUCUGUCCCCUGCUUUCAGAGGCACGACAGAAAGGCCUGUUUGGAGGAACAAAGGAACAAGGUCAACAGAUUAAAUGAACUUAGCAAUUUACACAGCGAAAAGGAGCAGCAUGGAAAGAGCCAAGUAGAAGAGGAAGAACAAGAAGAGAGGGGUGAUAACCCCACGGAGGAUGAUGAAGAGUCUGAAGAGGACCUGUUAACAGAGGAACAAAAAGUAAAGCUAAAGGAAGACAUUACCUUGAGAAUGCUUCUUAAAAAUAAUUAUGUUCGUUCCGUUUUCAAACAAUGUACUACCUCCAAGGACAAAAUUGCUUAUCUCUCUAAUUACAUUAACGACCCCACCAUUGUGCAGGUCGUUGACCAAAUUAUGAAAUCGGUUGACGCGGGUGACUCGUGA